ACACAGGCUGUUCUCUUCUGUAGCACUUUAGACAUAUUUCCUACCUUGGUGUCUCUGGCGAAUGCAACCCUUCCUCCCAACAGACGAUUUGAUGGCAUAGAUAUCUCUGAAGUCCUGUUUGGGUCUUCAAGAAAAGGACACCAGACAUUGUUCCAUCCCAACAGUGGAGCAGCUGGAAAAUAUGGAGAAAUACAGGCUCUUCGGCUAGAUCAGUAUAAAGCCUUUUAUCUCACAGGUGGUGCCAAAGCAUGUGAUGGAAGCAUUGGACAGGAAGCACAUCACCAGCCACCCCUCAUUUUUGACUUGCAGCAUGAUAUUCAAGAGCAAGAGCCAAUGGACAUCCAGAGUGCUGAGUACCGUUCUCUCUUGCCACUGGUAAACAAGAGCCUCAUGGAUAUUCUUCAGGAUAUUGUGUCAGACAACGUGUCUAUAGCUGAUUAUUCUCAUGACAAGGAUGUGAUACCUUGCUGCAACCCCCAACACUUGGUCUGCAGGUGUGAAUCGGCUUGUUCUAACUUAUCCUUGGAAAAAUGCUAAAAAACCUCUAGGUUAGCAGCUAUCAAUAGUAUCUCUCCAUGAGAACUAGAAGUCUUGUGGAUGAAAUUGCUGCAUAAAGUAAAACAUUCUAGAUUUUUUAUAUAAUAAUUUAUAAAUCGUAACUCUCUACAGAAUUCAUCGUGACUCAUAAGCGAAAUAUGGUACUAAAAUGUUUGUAUGACUAUUUGAUACCCCUCGAUUAAGUCCAGCUCAUCUUAGUUGGAUCCCGGCAUCACAAUGUUAUGUUUCUUUGUACUCUGUGCAUCACAGAAAGGCAGGAAUGGUGAUGUCAGGACAUAAGACAGUUGUACAAAUUGUAACAGAAAGGCAGGAAAGAACUAUAGUGUUAAGUUUGGUAAUUUUUAGCAGAAGCCAUGUGCAUCUCAUAAAGUCAGAUUAUAAUCCAAGUAGCUCAGAGAAAGUUUGGGAUUGAUUUGAAAGUAAAACAUUCUAGAUUUUUAAUCAAUCUAGAUUAAAAAUCCCAGGCGCAGAUGUCACCCAGAGUUAGACAAUGUCACCUCAUAAAAUUUAAACUAUUAAGAGAGUUAUGAUUUUUUUAAUAAAACAAUUUGGUUAGUUUUUUUAUCCAACAGUUUCCUUAUAUUAUACUUAACAGUUUCUCCCUGCAGUCGUUCAGGCUCAUAUUUUCAUUUUUAUUUUGAAAAUAAAAAAAU